ACAGAUUCAUGUUAAUCAGUACAUAGCCAAAGCAUCACAGGCUCAAAGGUUACAGAAACCGAGUUAAGGACAGAAAGUAACAAACGCUAGGAUUUCGGUUCAUUAAAUACACAUUUUUUUAAAUUGUAAUUUCGAAAAAUAAUUGUGGAUCAUUAUGGGACAUGCAGUAAUUAUGCUUUUACAGUUUUAUAUUUUAAUACAAGGUAGUCUAGGAUAUUCCUUUUUUUCCGAAGAGGCUCAAAAUCAGUUUUUGAAACUUAAAAGACAGGCGUUUUCUAAGCACUUUUGGGAACCCAAUCCCUCUGAGAUUUCAUGGAGUUCAAAAAUGACAGAGAAGGCAAGUGAUACAUGGAAGUCAUUGGUAAACUUGGCACGGUAUUACCUGAAUAUAGAGUCAACAUAUGCAUCCCACUAUUCUUCUAACAUUGGGAACCAAGUGAAAGAUUACAUGAGUGUUCUCUGGCCUUUUGAAAGCAAACAUCGGGAUUAGAUACAUAAUCAAAAUGAAUCGGCUAAAUAUGUAAGACGUAUGUGUUAUCAAUUGUGCUUUAAUGGUGCUAAGUUAUAAUAACUAAUUGUAUUCUGAGUGCAUGUGUAAAUUAUUUGCAUUGGACAUUGAACUAAUUUUUGAGCCCUUAAAGCAAGGGUGCCCAACCAGUGGCCCGCGGAGCUCUCUGAUGUGGCCCGCGACCUCCUGCUUUGGGAUGGAAUAAAAUAG